AUGGACGCCGAUGUCGACAUGAAGGCCGUCGAGGCGGGGGUCGACGCCACCGUCGACCAGAAGCCGCUCAUCUCCUCGUCGAUCCAGCAGCUCCCGACCGAGAUCCUCCUCGAGAUCUGGUGCUGCCUGGACGACUAUGAUCUGAGGUACUUCGGCCAGGUCUGCAAGGCCUUCCAUGCGAUCUCCAAGGACCCCUACUUCGUCGCCGCCUACUUCCUCCGUAACCACUUCCCGCAUUCCAUCUUCCGCGCCAUCGCCUUCUACAAGGUGUUCAACGUCAAGGUUCUCGAGCACCUCAUGAACGGCGGCGCACCCCUGUCCCGCAACCUGGUCCAGGAACUCGGCCGGGCCCGCUUUGGAGGCAGCCACAACCCCAACUACAGCUACUACAAUCGAAACGAGGUGCGGACCAACUGGGGCACCAAGAUCCCCCUCGACAGCUGCCUCGCCGUCAUGAAGAGAGGAAUCAAGCUGUUCGGCAAGGGGAUCACGUUCACGCGAGCUGGAUCGGACGAGGAAAAGGUCGGCGCCUUUGCGAACCAGUCGAUCUGGACCGCGUGGUCGGCGCCGUCGGCUCCGAUCCGCGAGGUGUUUGACAAGGGCUGGUUCGUACCGCUGUCGAGCUACCGCGGCCAGAGCACGAGCGCCGUCCACAUGGCCAAGAUUGUGGCGAGGCAGCCGGACCUGCUGCCGCUGGCGCUGCGCAACGGCUGGUCGGUCAGCACGGCCGAGGAGUGCGACGAGGCGGUGCGCCAGAUGCUGAUGAGCGGCAGGCUCAUGCCAAGCAGCCAGGUCUCGACCAAGAUCGUCGAGAAGUUCGAGCAGCUCCACCAGCACUCGAACGCCUACCGCGUCAGUGUCAAGGUGGCGUCGGAAGUCAUCAACACGUUGCUCGACGAGAAGUACUGGAGCGGUUCGGAGCCGCGCACCGACGGCUUCCUGCAGCAGGCCGAGCUGCCCUGCGGCUACGAAGCCCUGAUGGCGCUCGAGCGCAAAGGGCUUCUCGACUUCGACUUGAGGGCCGUCGUCGAGGCCACCCUGCGCAAGACGUGGAAGAAGUCGUUUUCGGCCGAUCUGUUCAAGAACCUCCAACAGCUCGCUACCGACUUCCCAGGCCUGGGACAAGUCAUGGCGACGCCCCUGCUGCUAUCGCUGUGCGGCUACGUCAAGACCCACGGGAAGCCCUCCUCCGACGUGAUCGCCGAGCUCGCCUGCGUCGACAUCACCACCACGACCAUCUCCAACAUGCUGAUCGCGACCAGCAUCUCCGAUGUCACCUUCCUCUUCGAGGUCGCAGAGGCCCGCCUCGGCGAUCAGGCUGACCUCGCGGAGCUGGUGCGCGCGAAGCUGCCUCAGAUCCUGUGCCAGCCCUGGAGGGGCGACAUCUUGACUUCCCUCAACGCCAAGCUUCCGGGCUUCCCCGGUAUGCUCGAGGAGGCCCUGCUGGCGCAAGACUUCCACAUCACCCAGCUGCACACGCCGUCGAAGUACCCUCCGCUUCGUAGUCACCUGUUCCGUCUCGGCGAGUGCGACCAGCUCACGUCGGACCCGUACACGUCCGGCGACAAGGCCUCGAUCUUCAGCAUCCUCUCCUUUGAAGGCACGCCGCCCUACGAGCACGGCAACGCCUGGGGAUCGAGCAGGCGCUACCACUACCGCCCAUCCUCGUCCUUUGACGCGGUCUUCACCAACUUUUGGAGAUUCAACGGCCGCGCGGCACCGGGAAGCACGGCUAAGUACAAGGACGAUGCGUUUGGGAGGGUGAGGGGCGCGCCCCUCUUUGGCCUGGAGCCGACUGAUGAGAACGGUCCUGCCGCGGCUCAGCCGAAGGCCCUGACAGCGCAGCUCUCGACGCGCGCCUUUCCGCUGCGGGCCGGAGAGGGUGGCAUCCAGGUCUCGUGCGAGGGCACCGAGUCCGGUUUUCCGCGGUACAACAUCGACAACCGCCAGUCGAUCGAGUGCGUCCGCAUCCUCGGCCCUUCGCCCGGAUCCAGCGUCGUGCUCUCGCAUGCACUCAUCAACGGGAGCACCAAUGUCCUCGACUCGCUCCUCACGGCCAUGCGACCCCUCAGCUUCGACUUUGGCCACUGGAAGCUGCUCGCGUGGCUGGGCAAGGCACCACCCGUGGCCCUGUACGACUCCAUCGUCUUUGGCGCACCCUUCUCCGUCGACGGCACCCUCGCCAAGAAGCCGCGUUCAGACGUCUACGUGGUUAGUGCUCGGCGCCAGGCGACAAAGACGGACAAGGACAUGGCAUUGGUGCAGGCCGAGCCUGAGCGAGUCAAGCCCGCCGGACAGAAGGAGCAGGAACAGGACGAGGAAGACGUGUCGCCAAAGUUCAACGCGAUGCGGGACUGGCGAAACCAGACAGAGCAGCUCGCCGCCGCAAAGACUGGAGUGAUGGCCUGGGCCGCUCCAUUUAUGGGCUCCGAACACUACUCCUACGGUGAGAAGAAGUCGGACGCCCAGAUCGAGGUCUGCAUCCAGAACUCGAUCUGCCACAAGAAGCUCUACCUCACCGAGGCCGAGAUCAAGCGUCGCGUCGAAAGCAUCCAUCAGUGGAACGCCCACAUCGAGGGUCUGCUCAACCUCGCGAGGAAGCUCUACACGCUCGAGCGCUACGUUGCCAGGACGCGCAAGAAGACGCAGGCCAACAUCCUCAAGACCGAGUUUGUCAGGUUCCUCGAGAAGAAGCCGAUCUAUCCGAGCCUCGGCAUGCUCAAGUCGGUCGAGGAGACGCUCCGCAAGGCCCUGCGCGAGUUCAAGCAGCGUGCAGCCGCUGAGGCGUCCAAGGCGGUGUUGACAGCAGAGCUCGCCGAGCUCGCCGCGGAGUUCAAGGAGCACGACGAGGAGAUGCCUCCCGCCCGCGAAGGCGGCCCUUACCCGCGCAACCUCAAGCGCCAAUGCACCGGCAAAGCCAAAGGCGGCAGGAAGUCCAAGAGGGUCCGAUCUGCCGAGGACGACAAGUACGACGAGGUCGAGGACGAGGACUUUGAUCCCGAGCAGUGGUCGAGCGACGGAGAAGAGGACGAUGACGAAGAAGAAGACGAGGGUGGCAUCGUCGACAUCGGCGACAGCGACGGCGUCGACGGGGACGCUGCCGUCCUGGGAAGGGACGGCGAAGACGACGACGACGACAGCGACGACAGCGACCUCUACGACGAUGGCGACGAUGACGACGACGAGGACUUCAUCGUCGGGUCAAUGGCGCCUGGUCCUUCGAGGGGACGCAAGACGGUCACGGCCAGCCGACGUGGACGCUCCAGGCGCGCGACCAGUAGCAGCAGUCGGACCUUGGUGGUGACGGCGGGCAUUUCCGAAGCGAGCCGCCCCGCCGAUGAAGCCACCACCAACAAGAGCGGCGACGACGAUGUCAGUCCUCCGGCCAGCUGA